UGACUGUGUCUAAACCCAUCCUCAAAAUAAAGAAAAUCGGAAGGUGAAGCAGUGGGAGAUUAUAGAGAUGACGCUCAAAUUAUACGUAGAUCGUAUGUCCCAAGCUUGUCGUGAAGUUAUAAUCUUCUGCAAGUUAAAUGGGAUAGACUUUGAGGAAGUUCAUAUAGAUCUCUCCAAACGCCAGCAAUUGUCUCCUGAAUAUCGAGAAAUUAAUCCCAUCCGGCAAAUACCAGCUAUAAUGGAUGGAAGAUUUAAGCUUUCCGAAAGUCAUGCAAUUCUUAGAUACCUGGCUUGUGCAUUUCCACGAAUUGCAGAUCAUUGGUAUCCAGCUGACUUAUACAAAAGAGCAAAGGUCGAAUCGGUGUUGGAUUGGCAACGUACUACCUUCCCUCGCGGUCCAGGUUCAUAUGUCUUUUAUUCUGUUCUUGGUACUACUGUUGGGAUGCCUUUGAAUACAAAAGCAGCAGCAAGAACAGAGAAGAACCUUAUAGCAUCUCUUGCGUUGAUCGAGUCUGUUUGGCUCCAGAAAAAAGGUCGGUUUUUGCUUGGGAGUGACCAACCUUCAAUUGCAGAUCUUAGCUUAGCGUGCGAGAUUAUGGAACUUGAGGUUCUGGAUGAUAAGGAUCAUGAGCGGAUAUUAGGCCCAUUCAAGAGAGUUCUGAAGUGGCUUGAUGAUACGAAGAAUGCCAUGGCACCUCAUUUCGAAGAAGUACAAUCAACCCUCUCUAAUUAUAAAGAGAAGGUGCAAAAGCAAAGAAAUGCUGUAGGAAGUAAAAUUACUCAAUCGGGCAGAAAACCUGUCCUGCAGUCGAAGAUGUGACAAAAGGAGUUAGGAGACCAGACGCUGCAUUAUGCUUGCAGCAUCGCGGAUGAUUGUUUCUUCUACACUGUCUAUUUGAAGCUGAUCAGGAAGAGAUUUCUGGUCCGAGCUUUCCUACUACUUAUUAUUUUGCUCUAGAUACUUCCCUUUUCCUUAGUAUUUUUCAUCAUUGCGUCACUCUUGUAUUUUUCAAUUCUAAAAACGUUUUUCUUGAGACGAGAGUCUAUCAGAAACAACCUCUCUACCUCAAACAAGAUGGGGGUAAGAUCCGUGUUCAUUCUAGUACCCUCCCCAGACAUCACACUGGGUAUGUUGUUGUUGUAGUUGUAUUCAUAAAAUAAGUGCACACAAUAUGUAAUAAGACAAGUUGAGUGUUCCUUAAUCUUGGCAACAGAUCUGUUAUUUCCUAUGGUAUUACUAUAUACUGUUUCCUCUUC